UUAGGAACGGUUCACAUCAGCCAAGUUCAGUCACUUUCCCAGGAGCAGUCAGCAACAUACAGCAUACCAAAGUGUUAGAAGAAAUGGCAUUACUCUUUUAUGUGGUAUUGUGCCUGUCUGUCCGGACUGGGUUGGGGCAAAUUGUAACAGUCAACAACACUCCUGCAAUAAUCCCUUUCAGUUUGGCUGGGAAACUGACCUCCAAUUCAGUGAUACUGAUGUCCCCAAGUUGUUACUUCGACAGUCUGACGAGUUUGUCCUGCACUUCUGCUACCUGUGAAAUAUGGCUGGUACCGGCCAUAGAUACAGGAGUCAGCACUUAUGAUGCCGACAAAACAAUUUCCAACAUUGACAGCCUCUCUCCUUAUCCAACCGCCUUCUCUUCCAACACCUCAAAGAAAUAUUUCCUGACCAAGUUGGGGCUUCAGAAAGACUACCUCUGCCCCAUCGUCAAUGGGCCAAACUACUUCAGGGUUGGCUCUGACGGAGGCUGCUCCACUACGAACUGUAAUGGAGUAUUGCCUGUUGGCUCCACUGCCAGAUUUAAGUAUGUUCUUAUCAACCCAGCAACCAGAACAGUUGUUGCGGAGAGUUUGUGGUCCAACAACAUCCCUCUUUACUCUUUGAAAGACCCUGACAGCAUUGAUGAUGGCCUUGCGGGAAGGUCUGCGGCCAUGAUUGUCAUAACGUCUAUCCUGUGUAGCUUCCUGGCCUUGCUGCUGCUGCUGUUGCUCAUCCUGCUGAUCUAUGUCCUUUGCUGUCGGAAGGAGAAACAGGAGAUCCAAGUUCCAGGAUCAGUGCGCAUGUAUGACACUCACAACUUGAAGGGUCCUUCCCCCUAUGUAAAUCCUGCUUAUGAGGAUGAGCCACAGAGAACCACAGCCACUAACCCCAUUAGGCUCAAGAGCUACGCUGACUAUGAUUUGACAAAACCAGCCACAGAAUUGUAGUGAGUGUUUGCGAGAGAAGAAUGUUGCACUUAGUGGUCCAUUGGCAUCAUCAAUUUCUGACUGUCAUUCAUGAUCAAUAUGUUUAUGAUAUUAAGGCUGGGGAAUUAUGCAAAUUAAUAACUGUAGUUUGAUAGCUAUUUAGAAGUCUAAUUUUGUUGCUUCAUUUAAAAUAACUGGAGUCGAGUCCUAUGUUUAAAAUACAAUGCUAAAAUUCACAUUAUAGGCUACAUUUAUUUGGAGGCCAUUUGUAUGCCAUAAAUAAAAUCUAUUUAGAAAGAAAAAUGCAAUUGAGUGCAUCAAGAUAAUCAAAACUCUUUUUUAAAAUCUAUAUAUUUAUAGUUUUUUCUUUUCACAAUAAUCCAAAUAGAAAGUUCAUAAUAAUACUAUAUUUCUCUCAUGUCUCUUAUAUUAUGUCAUCAUUGCUGUGUAGUGUGUAAACGGGUCAUUCUAUGAAAAUGAACUUUUAAAAAAAAUACAAUUAUACAUUUAUUUACCUAACUUUAUUGUCAGAUAAUAGCUAACCCCUUAAGAUUACAAAUCAACAUAAAUGACAGCUGGGGGGUGAAACCUGUGCUGAAGACUUCUAUAUUGGUCCGCUAAUAAAGUAAAGGCCCAGUGCACUACUUUUGUGACAUUUUUUUAAACUAAAUGUAUUUGAGUGUUUACCAGCAUUUGU